CUUCACCAAUUUAUUUCUGGAAAACAAAAUUUCAUCUUUAUUUUUUUUUUGAAAGAAAUUUCAUCUUUAUUUAAUCCACAAAAAAUAAAAAUAAAAUCCUCACACAAAAAAGAAUUUUAUUAACAACACCAAAACGAUGCCGUAUUGCAAUGUUUCUGGUGAACAACCCGCCGGUAAAAAUGGGGCCCGAAUAUUUUAUCGAACUUACGGGAGUGGACCUGUAAAAGUUCUUCUUAUAAUUGGUUUAGCUGGGACACAUGAUUCAUGGGGUCCUCAAAUCAAAGCGUUGGCAGGGACUGAUGUACCCAAUGAUGAGAAAUCAACGGUGGAUGAUGAGGGUGUAGGAAAUGGGAGUAUGGAGGUUUGUGCAUUUGAUAAUCGGGGAAUGGGUCGGAGCUUUGCUCCAAUCAAAAGAUCCGAGUAUACAACAACGAUUAUGGCAAAGGAUGCGAUAGCUGUAAUGGAUCAUUUGGGUUGGAAGAAAGCACAUGUUUUUGGGCAUUCAAUGGGUGGUAUGAUAGCUUGCAAGUUUUCAGCUUUAGUACCCGAUAGAGUUUCAUCCUUGGCUUUACUUAAUGUUACUGGAGGAGGAUUUCAAUGUUUGCCAAAGCUUGACCGGUUAACUGUAUCAGUUGCAGUGCGGUUCUUGAUGGCCAAGACACCAGAAGAAAGGGCUGCUGUGGACUUGGACACACAUUACAGCCAGGACUAUCUCAAAGAGUGUGUUGGAGAGAGUACAAGACGAGCAAUUUUAUACAAGGAAUAUGUCAAAGGUAUAUCAAAAACUGGAAUGCAGGCCAAUCAUGGUUUUGAAGGUCAGAUCAAUGCUUGUUGGACACAUAAGUUGACCAGAGCAGAAAUUGAACAAAUUCGUUCUGCUGGUUUCCUCAUCUCUGUCAUUCACGGAAGACAUGACAUCAUAGCUCAAAUUAGUCACGCUAAACGACUUGCGGAGAAGUUUCAUCCUUUUGCCAGAAUGGUGGAUCUACACGGAGGGCAUCUAGUGAGCCAUGAGAAAACAAACGAGGUUAACGAAGCACUUCUUGAUUUAAUUAGAGCAUCAGAAUGCAAGACAAGCCCAUAUGAUUGGACAAAUUUGCCUGAUAAGACAAGCUCAGAUUGGAUACCAUUGAUGAUGCUGAGCACUACAAAAUCAGCCACAAGAAGCAGCCUAUCAUCCAUGUAUAGAGUAUUGGAAAGAUUGAACGGCUACUUGAUAUAUCUCUUCGGUGUCUUUGUGCUUUUGUACGAGUAUGUACGAAGAGCAGUGGGAAGAUUCAAGCCUGUAAGGAUCGGGGCUACUCUCACAUGACCCAAUUCAUAAGAUCGUUGCUCGUCUCUAUAGUCAUCGGGAUUGAGCCUUUAAGAAUACCAACAAAUGGGUGCACGAUUUUGAUUCUGUGCAACGAAAUUUUACUAGCAACGAUUGCAAAUGUAUAGUAUAUUAAAAAAAAAAAAAAAAGACGGAUGAGAGGAAGUGUUUUUGUCCCCUUUCCUUGCUAUUGUGAGGCCUUGUAUUACCAGCAGCCCUAGCAUAAAAUGAGGGGAGAUCCCAGUUGAUAAUUGUAACAUGUAUAAUUUGAUCAUAAUUGUGAAUUGAAUAAUUAUAUUGAAAUAUACUUUUAUUCUUCUAUUUA